CGGGAAGUUAGCUAGCUCAAGCAGAAUAUACAGCCAAAGUCACUAGUAACCUUUCACCUUUCAUCUGUAGUGUGUUAGCUAGCAAGCUACUUACCAGCACGUUGGCAACAUCACACUGUGUUGUGACUCGAUGCCAUAGUGUAAAUUUAACUUUAAACUAUUUUCCGAAGAAUGAAGACAUCAGAGAGCAGGUGCUGCUUUUCGUUUCAGGUGAAAAAUCUGCACUGAAAAUUACAAUCAUGUCACGUGUAUGCAGUGUACAUUUAGAGCGAAGUUGCUUUAUCAAUUGGGGAGAACAUUCGAUGGGUCUUGCCAGGAAGCCAAUCCUGAAGACGGAUGCUAUACCUUCAUUGACAGUGGAUCUUGCAAGUGCUGACCACAAAUGUAAAGGUGUGUCCGUGAGAGGUUGACCACAGGAAUGUGAGCUGCGGUGGGAGUGCACAUGGAGGUUCUGUGCCUGUAUAGGUAAAGAUGACUCUGCUGGCAGGCGACGGCUCAGACUACGACUACAGCGCUCUGAGCUGUGCCUCCGAUGCCUCCCUCCUCCUCCCUCAACCCCCGCCCCUGUCAGAGCAAGAGGCCCUCAAGGGGGCCUACUACAAACGGGCCCAACUCCUACCUGAGGACCCAGACCACCACCUCACCAACUCCACCUCGCUCUCCGCUGCCCGUAAACUCCAUGCCAUUAUCAAUGUCGGCGGGCUGCGUUAUCAAUUACCCUGGACCACCUUGGAGGACUUCCCCCUGUCCCGACUGGGCCAGCUGCGCCUCUGCAGCAGCUUUGACGAGAUCAUGUGCGUCUGCGACGAUUAUGACAUUGCCAGCAACGAGUAUUUCUUCGAUCGUUCGCCCUGCGCCUUCCGCACCAUCCUGACCUUCCUGCGGGCCGGGAAGCUGCGAUCCCUCAGGGAGAUGUGUGCCCUCUCCUUCAGGGAGGAGCUGCUCUACUGGGGGGUCCCUGAGGAGAAUCUAGAGUGGUGUUGCCGUCGCCGCCUCAUCCAGCGGGUGGAGGAGUGUGACGAGCUGGAGCGGGCAGCCCAGGAGGAUGAGGAGGAGGAGCUGAUGAUGGACACCGAAAGCGGGCACCGCAGAGGCAGCGCCGCCCGGGCUACGGAGACACGGAUGGGACAUUAUAUGAACAAUCUGAGAGACAUGGUGGAGAGGCCUCACUCAGGCCUGCCAGGGAAGAUCUUUGCCUGUUUGUCGGUGCUGUUUGUCACCAUCACGGCUGUCAACCUGUCCAUCAGCACCAUGCCGGCCAUGAGAGAGGAGGAGGAGCAGGGCAAGUGCUCCCAGAUGUGCUACAACAUCUUCAUAGUGGAGACGGUGUGUGUGGGCUGGUUCUCCCUUGAGUUCACCCUGCGCUUCAUCCAGGACCGGGACAAACUUGCCUUCCUGAGACGCCCUCUGAACCUCAUAGACGUGGUGGCAAUCCUGCCCUACUACAUCACCCUAGUAGUGGACAGCUACCAGGGGGAGAAGAAGCUGGGCUCGGGCAGCAGUUACCUUGACAAGGUGGGUCUGGUGCUCCGGAUCCUCCGUGCCCUGAGGAUUCUGUACGUGAUGCGGCUGGCCCGCCACUCAUUGGGCCUGCAGACUCUGGGGCUUACUGCACGGCGCUGCACGCGGGAGUUCGGAUUACUCCUCCUCUUCCUCUGCGUGGCCAUUGCCCUCUUCUCCCCGCUGCUCUACCUCAUUGAGAACGAGAUGGCUACGACCCACGAGUUCAGCAGUAUCCCCGCCACCUACUGGUGGGCCGUCAUUACCAUGACGACAGUGGGCUACGGGGACAUGGUUCCGAGGAGCAUCCCGGGUCAGGUGGUGGCUCUGAGCAGUAUCCUGAGCGGGAUUCUUCUCAUGGCGUUCCCAGUCACCUCCAUCUUCCAUACAUUCUCCCGGUCCUAUGUGGAGCUGAAGCAGGAGCAACAGAGGCUACUGCAAAGACGGACACACUUCCUGUUACGCAGGAGGAUAGGCGGGCUGGGGAGUAACAUGUCGCUGGAGAGUGACUACCCCAGCUGUGGUUCCUCUGGGGCCAGGGACAACUGAGUAGUAGUAGUAGUAG